GGUGGCGAUAUCACAUCGUAAUCGGCUGCUGAAUGCACUGGAAGUGAAUUAAAAGUGAAUCAACUGGCUGUAGUAGGAGAAUGCGUGACAUAUUCAACGUAGUGCUGUGGUUGUACCUCAUCAAAUCUUUGCGGGGUCAAAUAUUGCCAAAGGAUAUACCAAAAUGCCGUUACGGUGACUCGGAUUGCAUUGUGAGCUCAAUGAAUAAGCUGAUACGACGCUAUCCGAGGGGAAUACCCGCAUUGGGCAUGAAGCCCAUCGAUGUGGUGGACAUUAGGAACUCAAAGUUCUGGGAUAAUCCGAAAGUGGGCGCCUUCUGGCUGCAGUUCAAUCUGUUCGAUCAGGUGAACUAUGGCUUUGAGAACACAACGAUCACAAAGGUCAAGGGCUUCACCAAGAAUCCCACAUCGAGCCUGAUGGAAAUACACGGCAGGAUACCGAGCCUCAUCCACAAGGGCCGUUACAUGUCUCAGGGUCGCGUCUGGAUCGUGGAGCUCAACUCAACGGGCGAACAGCUGUCGGAUUUCCAGAACUUUCGAUUCGUACUCAAGCUAAAAGUGAUCAUGGAGUAUCGGAACAACAAGCGAUACCUGAAGAUAUACGAACUGAAUCCCAUUGUCAAUAUGGAUCGCUGGGUCUUCUGGCUGGAUAACUUUUUUGCAGAGAACACAGACCUCACGAUUGCCAUCAAUCAGGUGUUCAACAAGCAUUGGGUUGAGUUCUGGAACGAAUUGGAGCCCACUAAUUUGCGUAUAUUUGCGAGCGUAUUUCGCGAUUUGAUUGAGGAUAUUCUGCAUAAGGUAUCCUACGAUGACAUGUUCCUAUCGGAUCAAAAAGAGAUUCGCGUGAAUGAUUAAAAUCGAAUCAACGUCUUUACACGUAUAAUUGCAUAUUAUUCUAGAGAAGGACAAACUUUAGAACCGGUUCGGGGUCCAUAGAUUAGCAAUUAAUGUAGCCAAUGUAGCCAAUGUAGUAACACAUUCAUGCGCGUAGCCAUUCGAUUGUUUUUAGCAGUUGAGCUUCGGUCCGACACUGAGCAGGUUCCAGCUUGAAUAUAAUUAAGCCAACUGUUCGUGACUAAAGUUAAUACACGUCUGAAAUUCAAGCGGAAAGUAUGCAUUCACAUCUGGCUGUCACAUCACUCGCUUGGCUGUGCAUCCUCGAUGGACUUGGCGCAGCUCUAUCAGCGGAGCU